AUAUUCGGACACCUCCCACAACCCCGCAAACCGCUCUCCUACCUGGCCAUCGACUUCACCGGCCCCUAUGGUGAUACUAGAUACCCUUACGCAGUUACAAUAUCGGAUAUGUAUACUCGGCUCUUCCGAGUCUAUCCGACGGAGCAUCCUACAACAGAUAGUGUCUGUAAAGCCCUUGAAGACUGGAAGAUUUCAUAUGGCCAAUACCCUGAACUAUUGAUGCACGAUAACGACAAGGCCUUUUCUGAUCGGUUUGCUCAAUGGUGUGCUGAUAGAUGUAUCCAGGAGGCCCGGACGGCUAUUUAUAGUCCGGAGUCUAACUCCGCUGCAGAGCGACCCCAUCGUACCUUCCAUGAUGGGAUACGAGCAUGUCUCUAUUCCUCUGGUGAGAAAGAUUGGACCCUACACGCGGACUCCGUCGUCUACCGUAUGAACGCCACCAAGAACUCCACUACUGGUGAAUCACCCUACUCUAUGCUGCUCAACAUUAUUCCCCGCUGUCCUUUCUUUCAAUCUCAUAUGUCCAAUAAUAGCUCAUCUUUCUCUACUGAGCACGUCUGCUUAUUUCCGGUUGGUACGGUUGUUGCUCGCAGGGUCGAGCAACCUUUGAAGCUAGCUCCACGUUACGAAGGGUCUUAUGAAGUACUGGCAGAAGUUCGUCCUGGUACUUUCCGCAUCCAGAGACUUGGCGCCACUUCACCCCCUAUAGACGUGAAGCAGGACCGCCUGAAAGCAUAUCCAACAUCUGAUCUUAUUCAACACUUCUAA